UUGCAGUUUCGUUUAGGAUAUUGUUCUGCUGACAAAUUAUCUCGUGCACUUGCACCACCGGAGGAAAUUUAUUCACGACGGAAUGACUGGCGCGAAUAUUGCGUCAAUAAUCCUCGUGCCAGAAAAUCACUUACGGUGGAUUGGCCAGAUAUUCAGUACCGAAAGCUGAGAUUUUGCAAAUUCAAGGUUGGCGAUAAUUUGGAGCUUUUGGAUGCAUUGGUUUCGAUGCGAGUACUGCCAGCACGAGUGGUGGACGUAAUUGGGAGACGGAUUUUGGUCCGUGUCAGGGCGGACUGCGUCACUGCGGCGGAUCACGUUGACGACGAUCAGAAUUCACACUAUGUGUUGUAUGAUGAGCAUGAUGCACCUCCGUGGUAUUUCAAGACAUACGCUGCACUGAAUCCUGGAAAGGACUAUGGCGCAAUGUGGAAGGAGGGAAUGACGCUGGAAGUAUUGGAUCCACUAGAUACCUGGAAAGAAUUACGGCCAGCAACAGUUAUCGAAGUUUUGGGUGAUGGCUAUCUCAAGGUCCUUAGCUUUGAAGGCGAUAAGUCAGAAGAGGAAUCGGUGGCAAUACACUGCUCAUCGGAGCUAUUAUUUCCGAUUGGAUAUGCCAGGAGGUACGAUUUGCGAUUGAAAGGCCAAGGAAAGUCCGGUACUUCAAAUUUUUUUUUUUUUAUGAAAUUUUACAUUUCAAAAUCAGCAUCGUAUACUCAUUUGUUUUCAUGCCUUUUUUUGCAACUAUGCAAUGCAGAAAACGCAUAUUGA